AUGAGCUUGAUAUACUCUGAGAAUGAGGAUGGAAUUAUUCCUGUCUUUUGGGCAUUGAUCACUUCGUAUCCCAUUGUGGUAUUGACUAUGAGUGUCAAUUCGUUUCAUUCUGAGACCCAUCGGACUGUCGAGAUUGUUUAUGACAUCAUGGAGAAACAUGCGGUCAACGGAGAUGUCGAGUACGAGUUGCAUAAUUUUGCGGUUGAAUUGUUGCACAGAAAUGUCUCGUUUGACGCUUUCGGAUUUUUUUCAUUGGAUUGUACCCUUUUGAAAUCAAUUUUUGGAAUGAUUACUACGUACAUUCUGAUUCUCGUGCAAUUCAGAUCGACGGAUGACGCAGACCAGUAACUCUACACGCGUCCGCCAUUUUGUCGGCCUUCCUA